AUGUGUGAAAGUGUUGUUCAACCACUUGGACGACCUCGAGGCCGGGCAGUCUUUAACGCUUCUCUUCGACGAACGGGUCCAACUCGCCAGUUCGGCAUGAGGCACUGCGGUACAGGAAAUCGCAAGUCUCGUGGUCGUCUUCAUGCUGAGCAACAGCAUGGCAGAACCGAAAUGCAUUCCAAGCGUGACCUGAACCAGACGAUACAGACCGGAGGCUUAGUGCCUGCUAUGGUUACUCUCGGCCCGAAGUCUAACUCAACUGGACCGCUCAGUUGGCCAGGUCCGGUCGAGCUCGUCUGA